CCUUUUAAAGCAAACGGACACAGCAUGCCAUUUCCCACUCGGCCAGAGGACGGGACACGGUGAGGAGUUGCUGUGCUGCUUAUUCUACCCCUCUCUCCUGUCGUCACCCCCAUGGUCCUUGUUGUUUAGUUGCCUUUUAUUUGUUCGUUUACACAAUUAGCUAAUUCCAGUCAUGUAUCGUUAUUUCGGGGAGCUGCUUACCCGCUCUGCGGGUAGCGCCCUGGCCUCUGGGUGCGUGGACUCUGCUCUCCCGGUGUCCUCGUCCCUGAUGCGGGUCCGUCACUAUGCCGACGCAGCGGACAAGCCUGACGACCCCAACUUCUUCAGGAUGGUCGAGGGCUUCUUCGACCGCGGCGCCACCAUUGUGGAGGACAAGCUGGUGGAGGAUCUGAGGACCAGGGAGAGCCCCGAGCAGAAAAGGAACCGUGUGCGGGGCAUCCUGCGCAUCAUCAAGCCCUGUAACCACGUCCUGAGCGUGUCUUUCCCCAUCAAGAGGGAUAACGGAGAGUGGGAGGUUGUGGAGGGCUACCGCGCCCAGCACAGCCAGCACAGGACACCCUGCAAAGGGGGUAUCCGUUACAGUACAGAUGUGUCUGUGGAUGAGGUGAAAGCCCUGGCUUCUCUGAUGACCUACAAGUGUGCUGUCGUCGAUGUGCCAUUUGGGGGAGCCAAAGCUGGAGUCAAGAUCAACCCCAGGAAUUACUCUGACAAUGAGCUGGAGAAGAUUACUAGGAGAUUCACUAUUGAGCUGGCCAAGAAGGGUUUCAUUGGGCCUGGCAUCGAUGUCCCAGCCCCAGACAUGAGCACAGGAGAGAGGGAAAUGUCCUGGAUUGCCGACACAUACGCCAACACCAUUGCACACACUGAUAUCAACGCCCAUGCAUGCGUGACAGGAAAACCCAUCAGCCAGGGAGGAAUCCAUGGACGUAUCUCAGCCACCGGUCGUGGUGUUUUCCACGGCAUUGAGAACUUCAUUAACGAGGCGUCCUACAUGAGCAUGCUGGGCUUCACCCCUGGCUUCCAGGACAAGACCUUUGUUAUCCAGGGCUUUGGUAAUGUGGGUCUCCACUCCAUGAGGUACCUGCACAGGUUCGGGGCCAAGUGUGUGGGCAUUGGUGAGAUUGAUGGAGCCAUCUACAACCCAGAGGGCAUCGACCCCAAGCAGCUGGAGGACUACAAACUGCAACACGGCACCAUCGUGGGUUUCCCGGGAGCCAAACCCUACGAAGGGAAUAUUUUGGAAGCCGACUGCCACAUCCUGAUCCCUGCUGCAGGAGAAAAGCAGCUCACACGCCUUAAUGCCCCCAGGAUCAAGGCUAAGAUCAUUGCUGAGGGUGCCAAUGGUCCCACCACCCCAGAUGCUGACAAGGUCUUCCUGGAGAACAACGUCAUGGUUAUUCCUGACAUGUACCUGAAUGCUGGUGGUGUGACAGUGUCUUAUUUCGAGUGGCUGAAGAAUCUCAACCAUGUCAGCUACGGGAGACUGACCUUCAAAUAUGAGAGGGACUCAAACUACCACCUGCUCAUGUCUGUGCAGGAGAGCUUAGAGAGGAAGUUCGGCAAACAGGGGGGACCCAUUCCCGUUGUCCCGACUGCUGACUUCCAGGCCCGAGUUGCUGGUGCCUCUGAGAAGGAUAUUGUUCACUCUGGGUUGGCCUACACCAUGGAGAGAUCUGCCCGGCAAAUCAUGCGCACAGCGAGCAAGUACAACCUGGGUCUGGACCUGAGGACGGCCGCCUACGUCAACGCCAUCGAGAAGGUCUUCAAAGUCUACAACGAGGCCGGGCUGACCUUCACAUAAACGGCCAAUCACGACCCACACUUACCCCCCGACCCCCCCCCUCCCACCACCACCACCCUCCUGCUAUUGAUCACCCUCUCCUGCCUUCUUCCACCUAUUAAACAGCCUUCAGAACAUAUCACUGUUUACCGCUGCUCUUUCACACUUUCUCUCACACACAGACACACACACACAUUUACAGCGACACAUUGGCUAGCCUGGUAUUUAUCCUGUGAUCUUUGUGCUGCCAUUAUACUGAAUCUGCAUCUCCUUUUUGAAUAUUGUUCUCGUUUCCGUUUUUGAGGUUAUGUUGAGGAAAAAGCAGAUAAAGAGCUACAUCCUGGGAGAGAAAGAAACACCCUGUCCCUCCCUCAGCCCUCGUAUAAAUGUUCAUGAUAUUGUUGUACGGCAGCCAUGUUCAAAGCGCCCUUUUUGUGAUCGCUGAAUGCAUGUGUGACCCUCCUGCUGUGGUUGUUUCAGUUGUCAGCACUACAGAUGCCUUAUUUCAGAAAGAGGUCUGUUCUAUUAGGGAGCAGUUUAACUUUAAUCAAAAGGGAUUUAGAUUUAACUUUAUGUGAAUAUGAGAAUAGUAAUUUUAUUUCUCUUGAAUUUGUCCUCUCACUCUUUAAGAUGUAAAGGUUAGUAGUGAAGUUGCCAAGGUUUAAGAUUCCCAACAAGGAUUAUUAUUAUUUUUGAUAGGUAGUUUUUACCUUUCAAGUUUCGAUAGUAGCUCUCCCACUCCUUGUUCCUGGCUUUUUUUCCCUCCUUUCCCGUUGCUGUCUCUCAUCUUAAAAGCAGCUUCUCCCCGAUUCCUCCGCUGGCCAAGAAAGGGGAGCAGGGAGGGGGCGAGGUGUCACUGUGACCGCCCGUUCCCUGGUCGAAUGUUCCUCAGUUUUAACCGUCCAGUUCCUCAAAUCGUUUUGGAGGAAAUUACUUUUUAUUUUUAUUUUAUGCAUUUUGUGGAAACCAAUAAAAUGUUCAGAAAACAACAUACAA